UCGGCUGAGAAUCGGAUGCAGUUGCGGUUAAAAGGAAGGAAAGGAAAAGGAACCACCGAAACGCAGCGAUCCCUCCCCACCGUCCACGCGCGCGCGUCCUCCAAACCCGGCCGCCCCCUCGUCACGCGCCGCACUUUUAUAACCCUCCACGCGCCCCGCAUGCGCGCAUCACGAGAUUGCAGAGAGAGAGAGAAGAAGAAGAAGAAGAAGAAGAGCGCGAUCGCGGGUCAGCCGAGUCCACCCACGUACGCGCGCGCGCGCCGAUCCAUGGAGAUGAAGCUGUCGCCCGGCACCGGCGAGGUGCUAGGCUGCAAGGACCGCCCGCCGAGCAGGCUCCAGAGGAAGGCGCCCGCGUCGCUGCAGCUCGAGCAGGCCGGCCCGGGCGCGGCCCAUCCUUCCCCCGCCGCGUGGGGCGACGGGAGGACGCCCAUACCGCUCCUGUCGCCGCUCGUCGCGUCCCCGGCGCCGGCGUGGGAGCCGGACCAGGGCGGGAGCAGGAGGGACGCUGCGCAGGCCGAGACCAGGAGCGGCGGGGACGCUGACGGCAUCCUGAGCCCGAUCCGGCGCGGCGCGCACGGCGUCAGCAACGGGGCAGACGAGACGGCCACGACGCCGGCGCUCGCGCCCAGCGGCGGGUGGCGGCACCCGGCUAUGACGACGCCGACGCCUACGCCCGCUUCCAACGGGGGCGGGGGGUGGCGGCACCCGGCGAUGCCGUCGCCGGUCCCGGAGCCGGCGUCCCUGACGCCGCUCUUCAAGUCGCAGUGCGCGUUGGAGCUGCACAACCCGCAGGCGCAGGCGCAGUAGCGAGGAUCCAGGACCACUUGAACCAGGCGACCGGCCGUCGGCGUGCGCAAGGCUUCGCGGUGACUGCCAAAGCCAGCACGUGCAUGGACACUCCGUGCGUGCGUGCUCUCGUGUGUGCCUGCCUCAUGCGUGCCCUCCUCGUGAAGUCGUGAUCUUGCUUGCACAACUAGUUUUACUCCAUUCUAGCUUGGUCAUGUAUAGACGUGGUUGUGGUUCUCUGGGUCACUGGACUAAAUUAACUGGUCAUUCUCAAUUGUAAAACAAUGAUCCAAUAAAGCAAAUGGCAGAACCCCAAUGUCCCUCGUUGUAGGCUUUCGAUGAA